CCUAUUGCAUCGGUACGACCACUUUCAUCGGAUCACUACGUCAAGUCGCCUACGGAGGUUGUCCUGGACGCGGACCACAAUCAUAUAAAUGCGCACCCUGGUGGUGACAAAUCGCUGUCGCUCGAGAAAAAACAAGCGGCACUGCUGAUUCUGAACGGUAUAGCUGUUCUGCAUCGAGAACGGUUCUUGAAAAAAUACGGUUUUGGCGUUCCCUCUCAUUCGUUUGAAUCGGACUCUGGUUCGGUGAAAGCUCAAGUCAUCAGUUUGGUUUUGGCUGUCCAAACUGUUAUGCGCAUGCCUCUUAUUGGGAUCAACAUAAUCGUUAUUGCGUUCAAGCUGAUCCUGGGAUAA